AUGGCCGACGACCGCAGCGCCGUCGAAAUCGUCGAAGGACGUCCCUCCCAGCCGGCCACCACCGGCGACGACGUUGAGAUGGAGGGCACCACCAUCGUUCCCGGCGAUGACACCGUCGGAGAGUCCGCGAAGGACGGUGAAGCUGAAGGGGCCGCCGCCGAGAAGCAGGACGACAAGGCCCCCGAACCUCGCGCCACCUUCCUGAACUACCUUACCAGUCCCGUCGUCACCUUGCUCGUCGGUCAGGACGGCACCGAAACCAUCUUGACAGCCCACCAGGCCCUCUUGGCCAAGAGCCCUUUCUUCAAGGAGGCGUGUGCGCAGUUUAGCGAUGAUGGAAGUCCCCGCCAAAUCGAACUUUCCAACGAAAACACCGAAGCCGUAGGCAGCUUCCUCGAAUACCUCUACACGGGCGAGUACUUCCCCCGCAAGCUCUCCGGGCAGCGCGUCCUCGAGGAGGACCCCUCCAUGCCCAGCGUCGACGACACAGGCGAUCAGCUUCUCAAGCACGCCCGCGUCUACACCCUCGCCGACAAGUACGGCGUCUCCGGCCUCAAGCUCCUCUCCAGCUCCAAGAUCCACUGCGUCAACUCCACCGCCAAGGGCGAGAUCGCCUACGCCCGCUACGUGUACCAGUACACCAGCCCCGACGACACCACCGUGCGCGCCCCCAUCGCCAGCUUCUGGGCCGCGCGCUCCCAUACGCUCCGCGCCGAGGCCGAGGACGAGUUCAAGUCGUUGUGCUUGGAGUUUCCCCAGUUUGGUUACGAUGUUCUCACACGGGUCCUCGACGAGAAGCUCAAGCGCGAGAGGACAGAGAAGAUGCACCCUGCCGCGGGUCCCGCCAGCGGAAGGAAGAGGGCACGACACAGCAACGUGUCAUCCAGGGACUAGACUUAGACUUCUAUGGUGCCCUUUCGCUACUGCUGCUACUCCUGUAUAACUGCAUAUGGUGGGCGUCAGGAGGGAUUCUCCGGGCCAUGGUCAGUUUCGCAUUUCGCGUGGGAGUCGAGGCUUGUUCGGGUUAUGUGUGGGAAUGG